AAAAGCCGACUAUAUUUUAUACGAGAUUUAUGCGGAUUACCUCCAUGAGAUACUUAACUUAGUGUCUGACAAUCCUGACAACGAGGCUAAAAUUCGUGAGGUGCUAGAACAAUAUAAGAAUGCCGAAAGGGAAUACAAAAAUUCCGGCGAAAAAGUUAAUACUUGGUUGCUUUUGUCGAAAGUCUAUCGAGCAAACCAAGUAUUAAUAGACCCGAAAGUAGAAAAGGCAAGUCCAAGUAACGAAACGAACGAGAAUGCUUGCGACCAAUCAGGGGAAGAAAUUAACCCAGACUUAAUAAAAGAUGCUGCGAACACGCCAUUACUCGAAGGAGAUGAUGAGGAAUUACGAGAAACGGAUACUACUAAUUCUGACGAACCAUUAAUCCCAGAAAUUUCUUCACCAUUAACACAAACAACAACCAUUUCGUUUAAACCUUUUGAGUUGCCAGCGGACGAGAAACACGUUCCUACGCCUAUAACUGUUCCUAAAAGCCGAACAAGCUAUUCAGAAGUGUUGAUAUCACCAAAAAUCAUAAAAACUUCAAAAAGAAAAUCAGUCAUCGAAAGUGUCGGUGUUGGAGAAAGUGGUGACUAUAUUAUUACCACACCAGAAAUACCGGCAUCAG